AUGCCUUCCAUCCAGUCUGUGUCUCUUUUGACUUCCUUGUUGGCCGCCACUCGCGUGGCUGCUCACGGCCAUGUCACCAACGUCGUCGUCAACGGCGUUUCCUUCGCCGGUUUCGACAUUGGCAGCUUCCCCUACAUGGAAGAUCCUCCCAAGGUCGCUGCCUGGACCACCCCCAACACCGGUAACGGCUUCGUGACCGACUACUCGUCCGAGGACAUCAUCUGCCACCAGAACGCCACCAACGCCCAGGGCCACAUCGCCGUCAAGGCCGGUGACAGCAUCAACAUCAAGUGGACAGAGUGGCCCGAGUCGCACCACGGCCCCGUCAUCGACUACCUGGCCAAGUGCGAGGGUGGCUGCUCCACCGUCGACAAGACCGAGCUGAAGUUCUUCAAGAUCGACGGCGUCGGUCUCGUCGACAACUCUGAGGUGCCCGGGACCUGGGGUGACGACCAGCUGAUCGAGAACGACAACAGCUGGCUCGUGCAGAUCCCCGAGUCCAUCGCUCCCGGCGAGUACGUGCUGCGUCACGAGCUGAUCGCCCUGCACGGCGCCCAGACCGCCGGCGGUGCCCAGAACUACCCCCAGUGCUUCAACCUCAAGGUCUCCGGCUCCGGCACUGACGAGCCCGAGGGUGUUGCCGGUACCUCUCUGUACAAGUCCGACGGUCCCGGCAUCGAAGUGAACAUCUACUCCUCCAUCUCGUCCUACACAGUCCCCGGACCCGCCCAGUACACCGGUGCCUCCUCCAUCAAGCAGAGCACCUCCAAGGUGACCUCCACCGGCACCGCCACCGUCGGCAGCGGCAGCAGCGUCCCCAGCACCAAGGUCGCCGUGCCCACGGCCUCCAGCGCCCCUGCCCAGGCUCCCGCUCCCUCCACCCUGGUGAGCGCCACCAGCGCCCCGGCCCCUACUCAGCCUGCCGUCACCAGCCAGCCCCCCGUGGUGUCUCCCCCGGUUUCCUCCACCGCCAUCUCCUCGUCCGCCUCGGCCGCUCCCACCGGUGCCAACAAGCCCUACGCUCAGUGCGGCGGCCUGAACUUCCAGGGCGCCACCGCUUGCCCCGAGGGAUACACCUGCCACAAGUACAACCCUUACUACUCUCAGUGCAUCUCUUCCCAGUAA